CCAGACUUUUCCCUGCAUGUGGAGGAGCUCUCGUCGGCACCUUUUUCUGGUCCUAACCGCGCCGUUCUUUCCGGGGAAGAGAUGGCGCUGAUGGGGAUCCAGCUGGUGGUGAGCCUGCUGGCCGCCAGCAUCAUGCAGAGGAUGGCUCCGCAUUACUCCUUUGCACGCUGGCUCCUGUGCAACGGCAGUUUGUUCCGGUUCAGACACCCGUCGGAGGGGGAGCUGUGUGCACUGGCGGGGAAGCAGAUGCCCAAACAGACCAGGAGAGACAGGAGACAGAACGGGGAGAGCAAGCCUCUCACUGUGCCCAAAGACAUCGACCUUCACCUGGACAAAGCUCCCGUCAACGCUCUUGACGCGCUCGUGCUGCGCUUCUUCCUGGAGUACCAGUGGCUGAUAGAUUUUUCCGUCUAUGCAACGGGUGUCUUCUUGUUCACUGAGGGUUACUGCAGUUUUGUGGAUGCCAGCAAAGAGGUCAAUCUGGGAGCCAUCUGGUGCGUCCUGACUGUUGUCUUCAGUGUAAAGACCCUUCACACUCUGAUGAGCCACUACUUCCAGUCUGAAGAGGGCGGCGAGCGCUCGGUGUGCCUCGCCUUCGGCUUCCUGUCGCUGCUCGUGGCCAUGCUGGUCCUCGUGGUCAGGGAGGACUACCUGGAGUUCGGCCUGGAGUCCGGCUUUUCCAGCCUCUUCGACAACUUGGAAGUCUUUGCCAGACAGCAGGGCUACGCCGACUGGUCAAUCCCAGUGACCAAGCUGACCGUGAAGCUCGGCCUGGCGGCCUUCUGCGCGUACAUCGGCGCCCUGCUGGCCUUCCCCGGCCUGCGACUGGCUCAGACGCAUCUAGACGCCGUGCAGCUGAACUCCGACCGACCGCUCAUCCAGAUUCUGCUGCACAUCAGUUUCCUCUCUCCCGUCGUCGUGGUGAUUCUGUGGGUGAAACCCAUCGCGAGGGACUUCCUGGCCAACGCUCCGAUGGGAAAGACCUCGAUAACCAUAGUUUCCAGCGAGACCUUUGACACCGUGCGGCUGUGGAUCGUCGUGGGCUCGUGUGCGCUGCGGCUGUUAGUGACUCGGUACCACCUGCAGGCCUACCUCAACCUGGCUCAGAAGUGGGUCGAUCAGAUGAAGAAGGAGGCGGGACGUAUCGCCGCCAUCGACAUUCAGAGGAAGGUCACUCGUAUCUUUUGCUACCUGACCGUCAUCACCCUCCAGUAUCUGGUUCCUGUGUUUCUCAUCCUCUUCUCCACGCUGGCACUGAAGGCACUGGGGAACUUCUCCUGGGUCCCCGGGGUGGAGCAGCCCCCCGGGGUGACGCCGGCGCUGGUGCUGCCCACCGUGGCGCCCGUGCUGCCCGGCGGUUUCGACGAAGACGAGGAGGGGAUGGAGGACCCGGAGGAGGACAUCCAGGCCACCGUGGCGCGCCUGUCGGAGGCCUUCGCCGCGCUGCGCUCCGUCCUCACGCCGCUCUUCCUGCGGGGUCUGUUCGCCUUCUUCACGUGGUGGGUGGCCGCCUGCCAGCUCAUCAGCUCUCUGUUCGGCAUCUACUUCCACCAGUACCUCAUGCAGAACUAACCGAGGGAGACGGCGCGACAGAAACACUCGGCGGGACAUUGAUCCAAACGGGCAGCUACCGGCCACCUCGGUUGUGGCGGUGACGGGAGGUUUGAUCACGUCUUUUUAAUUUUGAUGAUUUCUUUUUGGGAGGAUACAGGCGAUGGACACUGUGUUGUUGCUUCAGGCUCGUUGUGUCAAUAACACAACAGAGAGACUCGGGGUCUGUAUCACAAAGUCAAACUGUUAGUCUGGCUCUCUUCGGACACCUUUUUUGUUAUGGUCUGAUUCGGCUACUGGUGCGUUCAAGUACAAUAGUAGCUUUUACUGACGUGCAACAUCAAAAGAACCACGAGAGGAUUACUUCAUAUGACAUUUGUUGUGGUGUUCAAAGGAGACAUUCAGUAUUCACAAGAAGCUUUAUAUGGCAUAUUUGCAGCCAUACAUAAGUUUAAGACUUAUAAGGUAUUUUUGACGUGUUCAGCAGUACUAGAAAUGUAAUAUUUUGUCAUAUUAUUUUUGUUGGUGUGAGGGAUCCACCUUAAAAACAGCAGGUCGGCAGGUUUUUGAUCCGACCCUCUGAAGUUCACCUUCUCCGGAGCCGGUUGGGCCGCGUGGCAUCGGUUACCAUGGUGAUCUAACGGGGUUUAAAAGGGAGUCUCAAGCCCAAAGAUAUCCAGCUGAUGUCACUUUAUGAUACAGACCCCCCCCCCCGCCCCACCCCACCCCACAUCUUCCAGCCAUUUCAACGUUAACCUUUCAGAUGUAUCUAUGCCAAUGUCUCCUGAAUAGUUCUGAACAGAACACUGUCAAAUGCUGCAUUGUCUCAUGUUUAAUACAUGUGUUAGUACUUCCUCCCCGUGCAGGUAAGGCGCUGUCAUUUUGCGAGGGACUCUUUGUCCCCCCCAAAGGAACCGAUUUCAAGAGUGCUCAAUGUUUGUUUCUUCCGUCCUCUAGUUUUACCGCUGUAGCGUUUUGAUUGCUGAAUAUUGUCGUAAAGCUCAGAUCCAUCGGCUAGAGAUGCAGAGCUGCAGAGAUGCAGAGCUUCAGAGAUGCUGAGAUGCAGAGCGGCUGCUUUCGUCCCCAGAGUUUCCUCCGGCGUUCCUAAGUGCCUGGGAGGUCGGGGAUUUUGAGUCUGUUUUAAAAUCUCCUUUCUCCCCAAUCAUCCGUCUUUAGAGCGAAUGGAAUCCGUUAGUGGAUGAAAUGAAGACUCCAAAUCUUUUUCUGUUUCUCCCUUUUUUAUUUUCAAACACUACUCGCUGGCAACUAUUUUAGUUGCAGUGUCUUAAUCAUCAGUUUUCUGUUUUUAUUGCCAACUAGUCACGUGUGUGUGUGUGCGUGCGCUUUUGCGUCGGUGGAUUUUUAUUUAUUUAUUUAUGAAACGUUGCCCCUAAUAACUUUGUUGUUAUUUAGAAAGGAUACAGAUGCUUUUGUUCUGGAAAAAAAUGUGUAUUGUUUUGUGGCAAUCUUUUGAUUUUUAGAUGGUAUAAUUGGAUUUGAAUGCUCUGACAUCUUCGUACUGUGAACUUCUUUUUUUAGAUUUCCUUUCUUUUGAAUGCAUGCUGUGCACAUUUUUGGCUUUAACCGGAACGAUUUUUGUUUGUGUGACUCAAUAAACCAUUUAUUAUUAUUA